UAUAACGGCAGUCGUCUUUUGUCAGUUGGAGUGAAUAUACGCUUUUUUUUGUUACUAAACUUAAUAUUUCAUAAUGCCGAAAAAGCUGAAAGUUGUUGUGAAAUCCCUCUAUUCACAUGAAAUUCGCAAGGACGUGAGUCUAGCGGAACUGAAGUCUCUCAAACUCGAGGAUGCUUGGCCUUUCAUCAGGGAUGAAAUUGAGAUCGAGAUCGGUAGCAGUCAGUUGGUUUGCAUCCCUCAUAUUACAGAAGCUGACUUGUACAAUGUGACUUCUCUGUUCGUCCAGAAUGAGAAGGAAACUAACGGCAAAAUGUUCACGCCGCUUGGUGUGUUGAGCAAGAACGUCAAUAAGGAGAAAUCGAACCCAGAGUACGUGAAAUGGUUGGAAGAAGGCAAUUUCCAAGACCCCGACUUCAAAUUUCCACACGAAAGUGUUAAGAUCACACUGCAGGACGAAUCGAUCAAAAAUAAGGUUCGCGUAAUUAUGGUCAACUUCUCACGAGGCAUUGUUCCAAAAGACAAAGACUUGGUGAACAAUAUCUACCUGGAUGUGGAAAACAACAAAGAUCUAAAAGGCAAAAAGUCUGUUUACAUGAUCACGAAUGUGCUUAUGGCCAAGACGAUUGAGUUCCGGGUAACUCGCGGGACUUCCUCAAGGAUCUUCCAUCUUGGCAAUGCGUCGCCCUUGGUCUUUGGAUUCGAGGAGUUCCUCAUUGGAGACGGUGGCAAGCUUAUCGCGAAGGAACCUGUGGCUAUCAAGUCGAAGCUGCUGCACUGGCAGAAGGUGGACCCCUCGGAUCAUCUCUACAUCCCCAACAAGGAGGGCGCAUGCGUGGCUUAAAUGUGACGCUACAAAUUUAGAGCACGCUUCUAAGUACCCAUCGUGAUGUACUAAAGACUACUUUCUUCCCGAGUUUUUGUGAUGACAAUAUCAUAACUGCAGUAUUUAUAGUCAUACAAAUAUUUUUUAUUACCUGCCUACUUAAACUUUUUUAAAAUUUUCUAUCACCUCAAUUGUAAACUAAUAAUGCAGAAUUAAUGGGGUUAAAUAUUAGCAGCUGAAGUUACAUCAUGUAUGGGUCGACUACCCCUUUGGUAGAGCUUGUUGAUAAUUUAGCACAGCUAUUGAAAGUUAUAUAGUUCCAGUAGUUUUUGGAAUAAUCAGGAAGUGGGAAGAAACGUGGCAUAGCCAUGACCAAAUUAUAUUAACCGAUGUGACACAUAGAUAAAUCAAUCUCUUGCUAGAGAGUAGUUUACCUUCUUUUGUAAUUGGUAUUGAGUGGUUUUAUUAAUCAGUAUUUUUUAUAGUAUCAAAUGGUAUUAGUAUUAAGUAAGAGUAAAGUACUCAUGCUGUUCAAUGUACUUAAAAAGCCUGUCUUAGCAAUUUUAUGUAUGAACAUGACUUAUUAAACUAUUAAAAAUAAUUUUGACAUUCCACAUAAUUAUGAUGCAGCUAUGUAUGACAAAUAAUACUUUCCAUGGGAAUUUGAAAUUGUAUUGUAUGCUCCUCCAAUCUGUUUAGAUUAGACUGUGAUUUUUACCUUUGAAGUAUUUAUUGUGUACCAAAAAGUUAUUUAUUCUUUGAAAAUGUGUGAUUUCAUUGUGAUUUAGUUCGUAUUAUUUACUCCAUGGGAUGAUCGUUACCUAGUAUUGUAUCAUCAGCAUCCCAGAAUAGGAUCGGUUAAAUGUUCCCAUCACAUUUAUAAAUAUUUAAAUAUAAAUUAAAUACAUUACAUCACUUUCA